AUGGUUUAUGUUGACGACAUACUUGUCACCAGCAGUGAUCAGUCUUAUGUGGCAACUCUUUUUCAACAGUUGUCAGGGGAAUUCUCUAUUAAGGAUCUUGGUGAUUUGCAUUUCUUUCUAGAUAUUAAGGCUUUAAAGCACCCCAAAGGCACCCUUCUUUCUCAUUCUCGUUACAUCAAGGACUUACUCCAUCGGGCUAUCAUGACGGACUGCAAAUCCAUUAGUACUCCAAUGGUGACCACUACAAAGCCUACUAAUCAAGGGGGUGCUCCAAUGCCAAAUCCGACUGAGUAUCGUUCCAUUGUGGGUGCUCUCCAAUAUGUCACCCUAAUGCAUACUGACGUCUCUUUUGCUGUUAAUAAAGCCUGUCAGUUCAUGCAUGCGCCCACAAUUGACCACUAG